AUGGCCAGUCAAACCUUGAAGAACGACAUUUACGUUGACGAUGUGUUCAUCUUCGCUGACUCCUCGGCUGAAGCCCUUACCAAGCUUGACCAAGUCAAUGAAGUGCUUCAAGAGGGGAGCUUCACACUUACAAAGUUCUAUUUGAAUAGCUUAGAGGUGUGCAACGCAAUACAGGAGGAGAAGUUAAACCCAAGAGCUCUCUUACAUCUCCAGCCGGAGGAACAAAAGGCCAAGGCCCUGGGCGUGUCCUUCCACACCAACACGGAUGAGCUAGUUUAUCAAGUCCAUUCGGUAGCCACCACGUGGGACCCCAAUGCCGUUGAAACCAAGCGCACCGUGUUGUCGAAAAUCGCAGGAAUCUUUGAUCCAUUGGGCCUAGUGGCCCCCCAAACCAUUCUUCUCAAAAUAUGCAUGCAGAGCAUAUGGAAAAGGGGAAAUAUUGAUUGGGAUGAUAAACUUCCCUCAGAUAAACAGGAAGAGUGGACUCAAGCGGUAAAGAUCUUGGCCCUUCAACAGACUCAGCAUUUCCCGAGGUACAUUGGCUUCGAAACUCGGGAACAAAUGGUAGAAUUGCAUGUGUUUUGUGAUGCCUCAAAAAAGGCCUAUGCGUGUUGCAUCUACAUACGUUACGUUCUGUGCGAUAACAUCCGGGUCCCCCUGUUACUCGCUAAAGCAAAAGUGGCACCCACCAAAGCCUUAUCGUUACCGAGACUGGAAUUGAUGGCUUGUUGA